GAGGCGGCGACAGCGGCAGCGGCAGGCGCCGCCGGGACGGGCACGGGCGCGCGGGCUCGGGCGGGCGCCGGCUGCCUCCCUCCCUCCAUCGCUCGCUUGCUCUCCGGCCCGAUUGCUCGCCGGCCAGGGGCCGAGCUCGCUCCAGCGCUCUCGGGAAGGAAGUCGGGGCCGGGGGCGCUGAGGACGCCGACAAGUUCCAGCAGCAGCCGCGAAUCCCGGCCGAGGCGGAGGCUGCGGUUCCGACGGGACAGGAGCGCGCUCCGUGGCAGAGCGCACGGCCAGAGCGUCUGAGGAGCCGGGGGGCGCCCGGGCCUUUUGCUAUCCGUGGGGCCGCGGCGGGGAUCCCAUGAGACGCGCCCUCAAGGGGCAGGAGAUCCAAAGCCCGGGCGGCGAGCGGCGGAGGCGGAGGGCGGUGCUGCAGCUGCCGGAGCCGGGGAGCGGCCGGCAGGAGGCAGCGGAGAGAACUUGAACUUGGCGUCGGGAGCGGGCGCCCCGGACGCCCCUCGCCGGGGCCGGGGCCGGGGCGCCGAGGGACGUGGGCGGCAUCGCUGCCCCCCGAAUGGCCGCGGCGGCGGACCCGGCUCCCGCGCCGCGGCCCUAGGCGGCCUCUCGCCAUGGCCAAGUGGCUGAACAAGUACUUCAGCUUGGGCAACAGCAAGACCAAGAGCCCCCCGCAACCGCCGCGGCCCGACUACCGCGAGCAGCGGCGCCGAGGCGAGCGGCCCUCGCAGCCCCCCCAGGCCGUGCCGCAGGCCCCCGCGGCUGCCUCCGCGUCCUGCGGUACCGCCGCCGCCUCCUGCUUCUCGGCAUCGUCGGGAUCGCUGCCCGACGACAGCGGCAGCACCAGCGACCUCAUCCGCGCCUACCGCGCACAGAAGGAGCGCGACUUUGAGGACCCCUACAACGGGCCCGGCUCGUCGCUGCGCAAAUUGCGCGCCAUGUGCCGCCUGGACUACUGCGGCGGCGGGGAGCCGGGUGGGAGCCAGCGCGCCUUUUCCGCGUCGUCCGCGUCGGGCGCCGCGGGCUGCUGCUGUGCCUCCUCCGGCGCGGGCGCCGCCGCGUCCUCGUCCUCGUCCUCUGGCUCUCCGCACCUCUACCGCAGCAGCAGCGAGCGGCGGCCCACCACCCCGGCCGAAGUGCGCUACAUCUCCCCGAAGCAUCGCCUCAUUAAGGUGGAGAGCGCCGCGGGCUGUGCCGGGGACCCCCCAGGGGGCGCCUGCUCCGGCGGCCGCACCUGGAGCCCAACGGCCUGCGGAGGCAAGAAACUGCUCAACAAGUGCGGCGCCUCAGCCGCGGAGGAGAGCGGUGCCGGCAAGAAGGACAAGGUGACCAUCGCUGAUGACUACUCGGAUCCCUUUGAUGCCAAGAAUGAUCUCAAAAGCAAAGCAGGAAAGGGAGAGAGCACAGGCUACAUGGAGCCCUAUGAGGCCCAGAGGAUCAUGACUGAAUUUCAGAGGCAGGAGAGCGUCCGGUCGCAGCACAAAGGCAUCCAGUUAUACGACACCCCUUAUGAACCCGAGGGCCAAAGCGUAGACUCGGACUCAGAGAGCACGAUCAGCCCCCGGCUGCGGGAGAGCAAGCUGCCCCAGGAUGACGACAGGCCCGCCGACGAGUACGAUCAGCCAUGGGAGUGGAACCGGGUCACUAUCCCCGCUCUGGCAGCCCAGUUUAAUGGCAGUGAGAAGCGGCAGUCAUCCCCCUCGCCUUCCCGGGACCGGCGGCGCCAGCUUCGAGCUCCCGGAGGAGGCUUCAAGCCCAUCAAACAUGGGAGCCCUGAGUUCUGUGGGAUCCUGGGAGAGAGAGUGGACCCUGCUGUGCCACUAGAGAAGCAAAUAUGGUAUCACGGAGCCAUCAGCAGGGGCGACGCUGAGAACCUGCUGCGCCUCUGUAAGGAGUGUAGCUACCUUGUCCGGAACAGCCAGACCAGCAGGCACGACUACUCCCUCUCCCUGAAGAGCAACCAGGGCUUCAUGCACAUGAAACUGGCCAAAACCAAAGAGAAAUACGUCCUGGGUCAGAACAGCCCCCCGUUCGACAGUGUCCCAGAGGUCAUCCACUACUACACCACCAGGAAGCUGCCCAUCAAAGGCGCCGAGCACUUGUCCCUCCUCUACCCCGUGGCUGUGCGGACCCUGUGAGCCCCGCCCCGCCCCGCCGAGCCGGGGCGCAGACGUGGAGCCGGUGGCCCCCGGCCGCUGUUGCCAGCCGUGUCCAGUUUGUGUCGUGUGUAUGGUACUAGCACACCACUGCAUGUCUUAGAAUGCUGUCGCCACUCGCGGGGGGCUGGAGAAGGCCUGGGUAAAGACUGAAGGACAGCCAGCGCGCCACCCCAGCCCCCACCCCCCAACCCCCUCCUCGAGUUUCUGUGAAUUAAAAUAUUUGCAAAUCCAAAGAGAUGCCUUCCAGGAUGAACAAAGGAGAGCAGCUCCGAGGGGCGGGGGCGGCAGCUCCCGGGUCGCGGCUCUUUGUUCUCCGGCCGUCAGGAAUUCACACCUGUGUACCGGGCCCCCGUUUUUCCCACCGGGCCCCUCCUGGUGCUGGGAGCCAAGUGCUGAUGUUUUGAGAGCCCAGAAGGCCCCGGAGUCCCACCUCCCUUCUGGUGUGUGUGUGUCAGUGUGUGUGUGUGUGUAUGCGUGCGUGUGAGCACAUUGGUGGGAGAACACGACCACACACAGAUGUAAGCCCGCUAAUCCACUUCUAGUCACUCAGUGUAAUCAUUAGGAGAUCUCCAAGGGAUCGUUGUGCAGUCAAAAAAGGAUUCAAUUAUUUAUGAAUAGGGUGUGUAAAUAAAAUAGUCAUUUAAUAUAUAUUCUUAUCCCUUUUUUUUUUUUAAUAUAUUGCAGUGGGUCUCUGAGGGGGGUUAAGUGCUUACCUGUGAGUUUCGUUCCCAGAGCAAGGUGCAACUUCUCUGGGCACGUGGGAAGGAGGCAGAGCCCCCAGCUCAGGGCAGAGGGGUUUUCUUCGCACCCUUGAGAGUCAACCGACAGGAAGGGGCAUUCAGGCUCCAGCAGUGGUAGCCUCCAAUGUUGACCCAGCAUCCAUGCUCCCUCUGCAUACCGCCACCCCGUGAUGGCAAGUGUGUGUUAACCCCACAGGUACACAGCACCCAGCAGUCCAUAAAGUGCUCUCACCGUUAACUGGGGUCAGUGCUACCCCAUGAGCACUUCACAUGUGGCGAAAGGGAGGCUCAGAGAAGGAGAGUGCUUUGUCCAAGUUCACAGUCCACAAGCAGAGGAGGCCCUUGAGCCAGUUCUUUGUCUCUUGCUGUCACGUCACCCUGCUCCUGGAGGAAGGCAAAUCCUGAUGUCUCUGGGGACAUGGAGUCCUCUUGGCCAUCUGCACUACCUCCACACAGAGGAGCAUCUUCACACACACCCACACUCCACCGCCGUCUUGCCCCCGCCCUUCACAGGAGCCAGAUCCUUCAAGACAGAGCAGACAGUGAGGUUGCUGUUACUCUUACCUUCCCUUUUCCUCGGACCCACCCACCCCCAUAGCACAGUUAAAAGCAAUGGAAGAAACAAGCUCGUGGAACAGCAUGAAAGGCAUGGCUUCCACCUACUAAAGGAGGUGCCGAGGGGUCCAGAUACAUCACGAGUUUCAGCACCUUCACCAAGCUCAUGUCAUCCUGCCUGCCAGUGGGCUAAGAGGAAUGGAAGUCUGGUCACCAUCGUCUCCAGUAGGAGGGGGCUGAAUUCAGCUUGAACAUCACCAGCACUGCCAGGCCUUCGAGAUGCUCCCGACUCACAGUUCAGAUAAGAGAUGGAGGCCUCAUGAGAGGAGAGGACUUGCCCUGGCUGCCCGUUUAGCCAGUGCAAAGCAGGACUAGAAGCCAGCCAUGUCCCUUUAGGUGUCUGGUGGAUUUUAGCAGGCUGUGGCCAAAGCUGUUCCCUUAGCACCUGCUUCCUGCCCAGUUCAGCCAAUCAGGUCAGUCUCCUGAAUCCUUGUCUCAGUCCAGGCAGCCCCAGCCCCUCCCAUCCAUAAAUCCCACAGGUCCAUCCACCUCAUGAUUGCCUCAUUGCCUGUGACCUGGGCCUAGUCUCCAACACUUCAACCCUGACCUUUCCUUUGUUCUUUCCAAAACAUCCUUUGAGGCUACAGUACCUAGAGUGGUUCACGCUUUCCUCUUUUUUUUCUUCCCUAGUGAGUGAGAAAAUGAGUGAAGUGUUGGCACUUGUCCAAACAGGGGUUCCAAAGGAGAGUGGAUCCCUAGGACCCAGUUAGAGAUUGGAGAUGGGAGGUAGCCCGCGGAGUAGGGCGUGGGGAUGAACCUCACAGCAGCCCCUCCUCCACCAGCAAAUCCAGAUUUCCUCCAGGGCCCUUCCUAAAACCCACAGGUCAGGGAGUACAGGAGCCCACGAGCAUUCUCACUGAACAGACUUCUCCUCAGAAAAGGCUCCACCCCAUGGUCUGAGGGAAAAAAGGCUGCUUCACCCUCUGUUCUUGCCUUUACUCUUUUAAGGGAUUCCUGGGCCCUGCCUCCAUCUUCCUGAGGUUUCCCUGGGAGGCCCAGCCUCCAGCUCCCCUUGGGGACUGAGGUCGGCAGAGGAGCCAGUUGACAGGAUGGGAGCUGCUAAAAGGAAUUUUUUUCCUUAAUUUUAUGAACCUCUCCCUCUUCUUCCUCUAAUUGUGACUGUUUCCUCUGGCUGCGUGUAUUCAUGUUUUCUUGGACAUCUAACAAUUGAAACAGCUUUUCCCUUUCAGAAACACUCACAUUCAGGUUAUUGGCAUUGGUUUGGGUUUUGUUUUGGCUUUUUUUUUUUUUUUCAUCUGCUGCCAAUUAAUGAGGGGGAAAAUGAGCUGGAUUUCUUAGUGGGGAAAAAAAAAAAAGCUCCCUGCCACACAAUAUCCCGCCUCAGCAUUUUGUCUCAGAGCACAGCCUCCAACCCCUAACAGGCUGCAUUGCUCAGAGCCACAGGACUGCUGGGGCUUUUUUCCCCCUUUUCUUUCCCUCCAUUGCUGGCUUCAUUAUUGACCAUAAUGCCCCAACCACUUCAGCAGUAAUGUCCUUGAGCCCCGAGGAGUCAAGGCCUUUUGGGCAGCCCCUCCAGAGCAAGAUGGCGACCCAGAAAGAAAGGAGGCUUUGUGGGGAGAGAGGGCCCACCUGCCUGUCAGGAAACAGGCUCACAGAGCCACCCUUCUAAAGAAAGAGGUGAAAAGGCCCCUCUUCAGAAGGCUGGGCCGAUCCCAGCUGAGCCGUGCCUCCCCUCCCAGAGCGGCUCUGGUGGGCAGACAGAGGGCCAUCUUCCAGCAGGGGCCUGGGAAUCAACAGGUGGAGCCCUUGGUGGAUAUUCUGUUUCUGCAGUCACAGGCCCCGGAGGUUGCCUUUUUAAGAUUCAGAACACCGGGCUCUGGCCAGCUCUCCAAUACACACUCAGGGAAGCAGUUGAUGUCACUUGAUCAAGGGCCCAGCAGGGACAGACAGCCAGGCUUACCAUGUGCUCUCCCAGACCCCAAGGACAGUGCCUGCAGAAACGGGCAGACAGGGCAGGCUGGCGUUUGGAGUUGGCCCAUCGAUGCCCGUGAAGGGUCCUGGCAGGAUCAGAUGGUCAUCCAGCAAGCUGCCACAUCUGUUCUUUUACCUUCCACCAGCGAUUACUGACGGAGACAAAUGGGGCAAGUUGUCCAGUGAAACCAGCACAACCCAGAGCCCAGAUGCAGGAGCACCUUCCAGAACCCCACAGAGACCCACUCAGGCACCCCCUGGGCAUGGACAGCCCCCAGCCUCUCCCCUUCUCCUCGGGGCUGUUGUGUCACUGCCAGGAGCCUCGUGACCACCACCUCCUGCUGAAAGUGUCCUGUAAAGAUCUAAUUCUGUGUGAUGGACUGUAUGAUAAUGUAUAUUUAAUGUGAACCUUUUAAUAUACACGUGUUUUGUUUAAACUGUA